AUGCUACAGCAUCAGAUAGUACAAUCUCCGGCGAGAUUAGGGUUAACUGGUCCUGGUUCACCCUCCGUACAAAAUCCAACACCUUCUCGUCAUGGUCAUCCAACGUCUUCUUCAUCUUCCCAAUCUCAACACCAACAAAUCCAACAACCUUCUAAUCAACUCCCUUCCUCCACCGUCUUCGCCGUAACCUCAGCUUCAACGGCUAUUUCAUCCUCCGCUUUGUUAUCGCUCCUUCCGCCAUUACCACGAGCUCAAGCUCUUCUCCAACAGAUGGCGAUUUUAUCGUCUAAGCUCUUCGAUGUCUCUCCUAAUCGCGCUCUUUGGCUCUCUGCUUUCCGUGGCUCUUUACCUUCGUUCCUCUCUUCGCAUUCGUUACCACCGCCUCCGCCGCUUGAAAACCCUAAUCCUACAUCCACGAAGGAGAUUCUCUCUCAAUUCAAUUCUCUCCAGACUCAGCUCUUCGAAGCUGUUACUGAGCUUCAAGAGAUUCUCGAUCUACAAGACGCGAAGCAGAAGAUCGCUCGUGAGGUUAAAUCCAAAGAUUCAUCUCUUCUCGCGUUCGCUAACAAGCUUAAGGAAGCAGAACGUGUUCUGGAUAUGCUGGUCGACGAUUACUCCGAUUAUCGCAAGGCAAAGAGAGGGAAAACUGUACAUGAGGAAGAAGAAGAUAAUGACAUUGACUCUGGUACAACCACAGUUUCUUCUCAGCUCAAGCUAAAGGACAUAUUAGCUUACGCUCAUAAGAUUAGCUACACUACAUUUGCUCCACCGGAAUUCGGUGCAGGGCAAGCACCUCUCCGUGGUGCAUUACCACCAGCUCCACAAGAUGAACAAAUGAGAGUUUCUCAGCUCUAUACUUUCGCUGAUCUCGAUAUCGGUUUACCGAAAACUGUUGAAAACAUGGAGAAGAAGGUUGAAGCACUGAUUGAGCCUCCAACACCACCACCAGACGCCAUGAAUCUUUCCGCAAUUCAAAACCUUCUUCCGCCGAAUAUCGCUGUUCCUUCUGGAUGGAAACCGGGAAUGCCAGUGGAAUUGCCUGAAGAUUUGCCAUUGCCACCUCCUGGAUGGAAACCUGGAGACCCUGUUGUGUUACCGCCAUUGGAGUCAUUUCCUGCUCAUAGAGCUGCCGAGCAGCAACAAAUGCGGCCUCCUCCAGGACUUCAUAGACCGCCUGACGUUAUACAAGUCCGAGCUGUUCAGCUCGACAUUUUGGAGGAUGAUGAUAGCAGUGAUUACAGCAGCGAAAAUGCGAGCUCAGAUGACGAGGAAUAA